GGUGUCUGGGUCGUGAUAUUGUUUACAUUGUUCUUUCUUCGGCACCGCGCUAGUUUCGAGUGAGUGAGUGCGAGUUUGUUAUGCAGCUAACGGCCAGCAGCACCGCAAAAACGCGAUUGAUUUUUACUUGAACUUCGGUAAGGGUUAGGUGUAGAGAGAGGAGACAAAUCGCAUUUUCACGCAGCAACAACAACGCGGUAGCGCCAGGUUCCCGGCGGGGCGGAACCGUGUGAGUGGCUUGCAAAACCCCUUCGAGCAGCAGCAAGCAGCAGCCGACCACCGUUGAGUGGAAUACCGAGCAGUUCAAAAGUGCAAACGCUUAAACAACCAAAUCUGAGUUUUACAAGCCAUUAUCGGUGGAUGUUGCUCGUAUAGUUUACAGAAAGUGUUUUUUUUUUAACUACGCGACGAAGAAUCUUGUGCUGCAACAGCCGUAGUUUGUGAUUUUUGCUUGCAUGAACUGAUUUUAAUGUGUGUUUCAUUAUUUAAAAAUUUGUAAACAGUUACAUCGGUUGGUAGUUUACAGUACCUUUAAACGUGUUGGUAGUAAGGCGCACGUGCUUUGGAAAACUUGUUGAACAUUAGAACGUAAGCUGAAAAACAGAAUCAGCGCUCAAACCAGUGUGUCAGCAAACCAAAUCUUGGACGGUUCAAGUUUACUGGAUCCGUCUUCGUUGCUGUAGAUCCUCAUCAAACGCCUUUUAAGUCGUCGUGCAUUUACCCUCACAGUCUGCACCAUGUCGGGUGCAGCACAGGAAUGCUUACCACCAUCACGUGGUGCUUGCGAUGUCACUGUGGUCAAGCAGGACAACAGCAGCAUCGCGGAUCCGAAUGAGGGUUCGCCUGGAACGCAACAUAUAACCACGAUCAACUACCAGCUACCGAUCAUCACGAACAGCAGUAGUAGUAACAAUGGAGGAAGCGCAAACCUUCCCGGUCGUCGUUAUUCGACAUCGCACCAGUCUUCCUCACCGGUGUCCUCCCCAUCGCCCACACCGUCGGGAUGUGGAUCAGUGAAGAUGAGUAAUGGAUCGAGCACUUCUGCUAGCAGCAAACUGUCUGUGGUUGGUGCGGGCGGAGGAAGUGGCUUAGGUUCGUCGGCAGCGCUUGCUGCAGCUGGUGGUUCCGUCGCCGGAAGCUCCAUGGGAAGCAGCGGCAAUAAUACUGCAACGAACUACCAUAACUUCAUCGGCCGUCUGAUCAGCAAGGACAAUAUGUUGCUGAUCAGCGAGGACGUGAUCGAGGUGGGCCGUAAUUCUUCCAAGUCGAUGGUUGACUUCCACGUUGGCAAGAACAGCUUCGUUUCACGGAAGCAUUUCAUCAUUCAGCACGAUAUGAACGACGAAUUUACCCUGUUCUGCCUUAGCAAGAACGGUGUCUUCAUCGACAACAUUUUUCAUCGGAAGAGUGGCGAACCAUACAAACUACCCAAACUAUGCAGUAUCCGAUUUCCCAGCACAAACAUUAAGAUUCAGUUUGAGAACCUGAUUGACCAGGCCAACAAUGGAAUCAUGAUUGAUCUGAGCGAACACAUACCAGUCAAGCUUGGUACGGGUGCCGUCGGUAGUCCGUUGGCCGGUAUUCCAUUGCAAAAUUUGACUAGCCCGUCAUUGACUUCCGGCUCAAGCAGCAGCGGUAACCUAAGAAUGUCUGACAACAAAUCGCCCCCUUGCAGUGUAAUCUACGCUCCGUUGAAAAUUUCGAUUCCCUCGGAGCAGGGAAAUGUCGGCGAACGUUCGAAUACCGCUUUGCUGGGCGACAUAUCGGUUCGUGGUCAGGCCCGUGGUGGUGGUGGCAGUGGCCGUGAAUUGCACGGUGGUGCUGCCGUAGGGGGCGGUGGUAUCGGCAGCGGUUAUCCGUCACCCACGGGUACGAUCAGCGCAGCCAACAGCUGUCCUACUAGUCCGCGGCAAAAUGUGCACGACUUUGCCCAAUAUAAUAACAGUCAUCAUCAUCAUCACCACCAGCAUCACCAUAACAACAGUAGCAGUAGUAGUAGCCACGCUGUUGCCAACAGUGCUACCAACAAUAACAACUAUUCGGAAUUUCAAGCCCCUGCUACACAAUCGCUGGAAAGUGACAAGCCGCCGUAUAGUUACGCGCAGUUAAUCGUGCAAGCCAUCUCUGCGUCACCUGAAAAACAGCUAACACUGUCUGGAAUCUAUUCCUUCAUAUCGAAAAACUAUCCAUACUACAGAACCGGUGCGAACAAAGGAUGGCAGAACUCGAUUCGACACAACCUUAGCCUCAAUCGUUACUUCAUCAAGGUACCACGGUCGCAAGAUGAACCAGGCAAGGGUAGUUUUUGGCGGAUAGAUCCAUCGAGUGAACUGAAGCUUAUUGAUCAAAGCUACCGGAAGCGACGCCAACGGGGAUCUCAGUGUUUCCGUACACCUUUCGGUAUGCCCAGAUCGGCACCUGUUUCACCUAAUUACACGGACAAUUCGCGCGAAGGUUCGCCGAUUAACGAGGAGCUUCUCUUGUCGGCACCUGGUUCGCCGGGUCAGAAUAACACCAGCGGAUAUGUUGUGACAAACAAUCAUGAAGGGCCUCAGCAAUCCUCGUAUCAGAAUCAAUACACCGCUUACGCUAGCGCCGAACACCACCAGCCACCACCUCCAGAAGUCUUCGAAGAGGACGAGCAGCUCGAAUAUGAAAGCGAUGAAUACGAGCCAAACAAUAAGCGUCAGAAGAUGUAACUGACGUCCAUUCAUCGUGGUCCGGUCGAUGGUUGCGAAAAUACGUUGAGUUAGUUGCACAGAAACCGCCCGCAGAAAAUAAUGGCAAUGGUUGUCUCAGCACAUCCAUAUUCGCGUUUCUAGUUAGGUUCCGGCGUGUAGUUUGAAACAUAUGUUUCAGCUGAUCCAUUUCCAAAUAGUGCCCAGCAGAUCUACAAACCUCAUAAUAUGUGGUUCAUCUUCUCUUGUUCAUUUAUGCGAAAAGGCACACCCUGGAUUGGAAAUGGUCAAAAAUCGCGACCUAACGCCAAUAGGGAAACACAAGGCUUUCGAUAAUGUAGUUCGAAACGAAAAACAUAAUAUCUUUCAGUUUAAACCCAGAUCCCCUUCAUCCCAUUUUUAGUUGCUUUUUGCAGUCGAUGCAUAAGAUACGUCUUAUGAUUCUUGAUAAGGUACUUGGAUUAUUAAGCUUAUGGUCUUAUGUGAGGUGCAAUGAGUUAUCAUUCAGAUGUUAACGGUUGCUGGAUAUAGUUAAGAAUGCAUAAUGCACUCACACACACACGACACGAAAUCACACCGACACAUAUAUGCGCCUGUGAGCGCAUUGCAAAGGUUAGCCUAUAUGAUUUGCUAUAAGGCAAACAAUCACUAAGGCAGUCACUCGCACCGGCUCGGUCAACCAUAUGCUCAUCCUUCUCCCUUAAUUCAGAUUGAUGUAAUAGCCUCUACCGUUGCUACCUUCAAGCGGCAUAAUAGUUCAGGAUAUGGUACAACUAAGUGAAGAGCAGGUUACAGCCGUGGCCCUCCUUGUACCUUUCGUCUAAGGGUCGUUUGUUUUUACUCUAAAACCUGCAAGGUAAUGGUAGUCAGUCUUUUUAGUAGAAAAAGAGUGCUCCAAAGAAGGUUCGAAAGUGAAAGCGAAUUAAUAAGAGGGGAGGGAUGUAGAAUUCACUAUAAAACUCUUACACGUUUAAGUGUGUGUAGUCUACUUGGUAUCUCGUUGGAUAUCUCCCUUUAUUGUGACAUCUGUUAGUUUUCGGCGCAUUCCUCAGAGAAAUCUAAGCGCCUAAAAUAACACGACGAGUCCCGUUUUGAGUAUUUCGGCAGGUCUGUUUAAUGGAAUAAAUAUCAGUGAAUUUUUAAGUUCUCAUUCAAUCAGAUUUUGUAAAAAAAAUAUUAUAAAAGUAAAUUAUAGAUUUUCCCCUUUCACUGUGAGCUGAUGAUUGCCUCAAACCACAUUUUUUACUGAAUUGAAAUGCCAGUUAUAUGGCCAAUGAAGGACCAUAUACAGCAGUGGGCCUAAGGCAUUGAUAGGGAGGGCUUGUUGGGCAAAUCCGACCUCCACAGAGGCCGCUAUCCCAAUCACACUCUACCAACUAGGAUCCCUCGCCUUCCUAACGACGAGGGCUCGCCCUACAUUGCAAAUAGGCAUAUGAUAAAAAAAGACCAUUUACCGGCAGCCGGCCAGCAUUACGGCCAUUUAACUAUAGUUCGCCAUUCAGUUGCAAAGCAAUCUAGCAUUCGUGUUUCAGCGCAAAGCAGGAAUAACAAAUUGCAAGGCAUCAAACAACAGUUAGUACUAAGCCAUUGGCAGUUUACAGUUGACAGUCACUUGGAACCUUUAGGGGGAGUAAGGCUGGGGUGAGAAAAUUGAAAUGUACAUGUAAAAUUCAAAUUUGAAAUUAAUUCAGUAACUCAGCAGUGAAUGAGGGAGGUAUAUGCUUUACUUCUAUCGUUUCUUCAUUUGAUUUUAGGUAUUGCUUUACUUUUGCCCAACACAUAAAAGCUAACCCCUUAUCUACAUUAUCAAAUUUGUCGGGCGUUCGAACAAUAUUUCGAGUAUUUUAAUUAGUCGCCUAGUUUGAAGUUUGGAGUCAAGAGGCAUUAAAAAACGUUAUGGGGUUUUGAUCGCCGUAGCAAUUUGUCAAAACAAAAGCCAUAUGUCGAUAUUUUUUGCUUCAAUUUGGUUGAAAUGUAUUAUAAUAUUACACCCACAUCAUCAAAUUGAUCACAACUUUCAGCCAAAAAAAUUAGUUUCUCUGAUUAGUUAAAACAAAUUCGAACUGUCAGAACGCCAGAUAUCGGCCGACAAAGUUGAUAAUGAAGACUCAACGUAAGAGUUGAGUAUCUCUGUAUGAAGGAAUGAAACACGUAAGGGUGAAAAGUAGGAAGUUUUGAUGUGGAGGAUGCAAAGCGAGAGAAUCAAAGAAGAAAAAAAGAAAGGGGAUAAGCCUAGCCACACCCUUCCCUUACGGCACGCUGCUCAUGCAUCCUGAUCGCGGAGCUUUCAUUAGGAAUAAAUUCGAAUAAAUGUAAGAAAUUUUAGGAGUUUGCGGCAUGCUACGACUCAUGGAAUCCCCCUACAGAGAAUUAACUCCUCGAAAAGAAAUAAAGAAGAAGCAAAACAACAAAACACAGAUUUUCCGCUACUCUGAAGAGAUUGUCUUACAAAUGUGUCGUGAAAUUAAAUUAAAAGAAGCAUAAAAAGAAUAUGUUAUUCGUAUGUUCUAAUAUGAUGAUACCUUACUAAACAGUGUACACUGAAAAUAAAAGCUGUCCCGGCUUACGAUGAACAGAAGGUUGGGCGUUAAGGUUAUGCUGUUCUCUGUUAUCUCAAAGUCGGGCGGGCUCAAAUGAACCGAGCACGUAGUAUAUGAAGUAAAAAUGAUAGGAUUCAUCGAUUGAGACAGACAGCUCUUUGUGAGUGUAGAAAAAGGAGCUAAUAUGGUUGCACUCUAUUAUUGAACAGAUCCUACGCCAGAUCUUAGCCUGUGGUGUAGACAAGAAGCAUGGAGGAAAGAAUACGUUGGCACAGAUCUUUCUAUUUCUAACAGAACCUUGCAUCAUUCGCCUUAUUUAAAAAAAAAACAUCGUGGUGUUGGUCCAGCGAACGAGCAGCUCAUGUUUCGAAGGCAGCAGCCUCUGAAAGCAAAAGUCGUAGAACAACACAAUUAUUUACUUACUUGCCGAUAAGUAAGUGAUAAGGCGUGCAACGAUCGACGAGCGAACCAUACAAUUAUUUAAGUGUAAAAAAGCCCGAUAGUGUGAUGUGGGUUUGCCAGUUUAUCCUUCACACAAACCGCCCUUCUUAGCCGUUCUGAACUCAGAUAUAAUCUGGAUGCAUAUAAUUGCCAUAUCUGUUUGCUUUUGUUUGUGGCGAUAUAAGAGGGCAACACAGACCAUACUAAGAUCUGUGACUAAAUCAGCUAGCGAAUAGUUAAACAAAGGAUAGCCAUAAACCCUAACUAAUAGCUAGUUAGACUAACAGACUAGGGUUUGCGGUGUGUUUUAGUGAGGUGUGAGUUAUAUUGUUGGAAUAUAGUAAAAGAUGCUAUCAUCGUUAGCAUUAUGAAGGACUCUCUCUUGAACCCAUCCACCACUCAUUCCACCACACCACACGCUCUGUUGAGUAGUAGUAGUUAACGGUCUGUGUGAAAUACUAUUUUAUGAUUUUGAUUUUUUUAAAUAUGCAUCUGCAUUAAACUAUACAAUUAAGGUAAAAAGGCAGGGACGUCGCUGCGGGGGGAGGGUAUUACGAGAAUGUGUGAAAUGUGGCAAUUUGAUUGUAUCGAUAGAAUUGAUCUAUUGACUGCUGCACGUAGCAAAGUGCGACACAAACAUCUAGGGCAGGACCUGUUAAUGGUUUUAAAAUGGAAUACAUUUUUAGUGAAGUUAGCCCGUUUAAAAAAAGAAGCAUAAGCAUAACUCAUUCUUCAAAAUCACCAGAUUAGGUUAGUGAAUAUGGUUAGGUUAGAUAUGCCACAUGGAGACCGAUCUGCAUAUGUUUAAUAGAAGAGGUUUAAACUUCACCCAGUAAGUACAACCGUCUGCUGUGCGAAGCUUUGCACCUUUUCUUUUUUUCGAUAGAUGGCAAACAGAAACGGUAUGCAAGGGCUAUGUACAUGACCUAAAAUAAAAAUACACACAUUCGCACCAACCGUGUACUACCCCUCUUGCUCCUAUGGCGAGUGAUUGAGAAUGCACUCAAUAGAUUAAGAAACACAAGAGAGCAGGAGAUAGAUAGAGAUAGAUGGAUAGGGAUAGCGAAGAAGAAAGAAAGAGAUAGAAAAAUAGAACAUUACACAGCAAAACAUAAUAUCCCAUCGGUAGUAAGUGUAAUAAGCAUUUUAGCAUUUUAUUUGCUUGAUCGAAUGUCGAUGCGUGUAUUCUUGGGUAUACUUGGUACUAACGGCAUGUGCAGGCGUGUUCGCGCACGCAUAUCCAGUUCUUAUAAUUUAUACAAAACCGUUUACAAUAAAAGAGGACAUGUAAAUUACCAAUAACAUUUACAAUAAGAAAGUAGACGAAAAUGAUUUUAUUUAUUUGCGAAAAUUGACUUUAUUUGCCAAAUGUUGAGCUCUUACAAAACUGUUGUCGAACUACACAAGUGUUGCAAGGGUUUUCGUGGGCUGAGAGUCGGGCACGAAAUCACCAAAUGAUGGUGCUGUUGUACGAUACCUCCUAGGACAUGAAGAGAGUAUUCAAAAUAAUUCUCAAAAGAAGAAAGAUCCUUCGAAAUCUACACAUCCAGACAAAGCAAAAAGGAAAAACCAAGUGAAAUCGCUGUAAAUGUUCAAACAUGUACUCUGCCAAACUGAAAUCGGCAAUGCCAGAAUUCAAUUCGGAUAAAUAGAAAUAUACACAAAUUUAAUUAUAGUGGUAUGACAAGAAAAUGAAGGGCAUAGAAGAUAGAUUUAGUGAUAUGAAAAUAAGAAAAGCCUCCACUUCUUCACUACACAAGAUUGGUACAUGGAACCCCUCGUCCCCCUCCCAUUCCUUUAGAUUUCUUCUUUCCAUCUCUUUCUCUGAUGGUAUACCUGCGAAAAGUCACGAACAAUUGUUAGAAAGAACAAUGAACUCAGAAGAAAUGUAACAUUAAAAAAAAACUUGAUGUUUUUACUCUUCCAC